GCCCUGUGGGCGAAGAGUUAAUGGAUGGUACAAAUUGUGCUAGCUGUGAACGGGGAUUCUUCAAGGAUAAUGUUGGUCUAAACAAGUUCAAUCCGUGUCAAGAAUGCAGUACUGGGAAAACAACAGAAACAACAGGAUCAACCUCGGAAUCUAACUGUUCAAUACAUAAAUGUGGACCUGGAGAGAUCAGUACUGAGAACGGAUGCGUUGAAUGUCCAAUAGAUACUUAUCAAUCAAUGGAUCACCCUUAUUCAAGCAUCGAGUGCCAACUAUGUCAGAAGGAUGGCAUAUUUGAAACCGGAACCAUAGCUGCAGGUGUGUCUAAUAGCGACGAGUGUAAACCCUUCUGUUCAUCUGGGUACAUUAUCAACGCCGAAUCCACUGGUUGUGAUCCGUGUUCGCGAGGAUUAUACAAAAACAACGAGGACAGCCGAUUCUCUGCUGAGUGUAAUGGGUGUCCUGUGGGUACCACAACAGAAGACAUGGCAUCUACACAUAGAGACAACUGUAGCAUUCAGGAAGAGCGAAGCAGCCUUGCUGUUAUCAUAGGUACUUCCGUCGCUGGUGGAUUAUUGCUUAUGGUUGUCGUGUCAUUCUUGAUUUACCGACGCAGAAAAAGGAACGAGAAGUUACCGGAAGAAGGACGUUCCGACAGGACUGAUACUUCUAAUCCAAUGAACGUCUAUGAUCAACCGCAGGUCGGAGAAAAUGACAUACCGACUAGUAAAAAUGAAUAUGACGUCAUACCUGCCGACGUAAACGUUUAUAUGACAGUUACCGAAGAUGCUCAAACAAGUACUGGAACGAACGAAAGCAGUAUACAUGUUCCAAAUACUGAUACUACCACUUCAGAAAGAAAUAUCUACUCUGAACUAGACGUGAACAGUUUAAAUGACAAAGACAAAGAUUAUCUUCGUCUGUACUCGCAUGAUUCCCAUGGGUAUCUGGCUCCAAUACAACUUGGGAACAUAUCCCACAACAGAAACGAAGAAGGGCGCAAUAGUACAUCAUUUUUGUAAAUAAGUGUAGUUCCAUCACCAUACAAAUGAGACCAAGGCUGUCAAAAUGGAUGGUAUGCUGCUUUUGAAAAUAGCGUUCAUGAAAUUAACUAUAUUACAUGGCUUGCAUGUAUCAUAAUUCUAUUUCGCCUGAUAUAAUGGGUGAUGAGCAGUAUGCAGAGUUUAUACUAUGUUUCCAAAAUAGCAUAAACGGUUGUCCAUAAUAAUGGAAUACAUCAAAUAAGUAAAAUAACACAAAUGUAUAUAUAUCAUAACAUGACACAUACCUAAAGUGUUUAGUAUUUUACCUAUAGUAUUUUAUUAUAAUCCCGUAGAAUGUUUCAUCAACUUAAAUAAACAUAAUCCAGUUUUAACAAUCGAUAGCCCUCAAUCAAUUAUAUAAACUAUUCUAGCACACCGGAUUUCCGGUAAAUUCAGCCGUGCCGGAAAACUCCAUCUGGCAUCCCCCAUGCCAGAUGAGUCACGCGCUGUGACGUAAUACUUUUAAUUUAUUUUAUCAAACACUUAAUGUAACCAUAAUUAUGAGAUUUCAAUAGAUGAGUUCCAUUUAUAUUAACUUAACAAAGAUAUUCCUUAAAAACAAAACAAAAUAACCCUUAAAAGACGUGAUAGCGAAGGAACCUAUUGACGUAUGCAGUGAAUACAAAUUACUGCGCGUCAUGACGUCAGUAAACAUCAUCGCACGCGCUUUUUGGUGAAAUGUACAAAAACGCGCUUUCUUAUGUAUUUUCUUCACAAAAAAUGUAAUUUAAGGUAUGCUAGAAAAAAAUAUAUAUCAUGUGUGUCCGUUCCGGAUAGUAAAAAUCCGACCCUCGGGUACACUACGUAGCCGGUAACUCGGCAAGCCUCAUAACCUGGCAAUGCAGGUGCCCUCGGGUCGGAUUUUUCUAUCCGGAACGAGAACACAUGACAGAUAUUAUAAAUAUAUAAGAGUAUAAAAGUUAAGUAUGUGAGUUCCUAACUCUAUUGAAUUUGAAAUCGUAUAACUAAUUUAUGCAUGACAAUAUAUGAAACAUCUUUGUAAGCAUGUUUCUAUCAUUAUUUAUAUACGAUGAUAUAUAAAUAAUUGUUUGUCUUUAUUUGGUAAAGUAUAUAUCCUGUGCUAUACUGUGGCUGUGAAAUAUAAGGUUUACAUGAAAGCAUUACAGUAGAAAGAGUUUUAAUGAUGCUUUGUAAUGAAAUUCUAGUAGUUUUAGUACUAAAACACAGAGAAAUUUUGUUAAUGGAGAACUUGUUAGCACAAUCGCAAGAAGAGAUGUUAAUGUAAUAAGGCUAAGUUGACAACAUUACAAUUGAAAUCAAAUAAGUAAGAACAACACUACAAAAUGGGGAUUUAAAAAGGUUAUCUAACUUUUAAACAUGGACAAAAAGUGCUACAUUACGAUGUUUUAAAUCAAAUAUGGUAGAACACUACUGCAAAAAUACUGUAUGGGGAUUUAGAGAGGUAAUCUACCUGUAAAACAUGGGCAAAAGGAGUUAGAGACAUAUAAUUGUCACUCGUAUUUUAUAACGCCUGUUUUCUUUAAAGUGCUAGGGAUAUUGCUAUCUUUAUAUUGAAAAUCUAUAUAUUCAGUACUCGUCUGCAGAAUAAAAUAAGUUAUUCAGAUCUAAAACAAAUUUUUCAUUUUUAACUUACUUGUCAAUUUGUAAGACUUAGAGAGAAUUAUUGAGACAAAGACUUUGAUCAAAUUGUUAAGAAAUUAAAGUAGGUGAUGGAUGAAACCUAACUUUAUACCAAAUAAUGAAAGAAAAUGUCAAAUAUGUCAUUGUUGUUGUUAAUUUAAUUUAUUGUAAGAAUGUCCAUUAUGUAUUGAUAUAAGAAUAAAAUCAAUUAGCGGUGUAUGUUCAGAAGGGUUUUGAAUAAAGCAACGCAUCAUUUCAUAUUCGAUAACUUAGCGUUUAUAUACGACUCAUAACAUCAGUCUCCAUACGAUGAUAUGAAAUAGUAUGUGUGGUGUGGUGUGAAUUCUCAAUAUAUAAUUAUUGCAUUUAUUAUUUACUUGUAUACCUAUACUUUUAUUUUAUAUACAUCCUGUGCCUAGAGUUGCAUAUUAAACAGAGAAAACCGUC